AAAGCGUUCUGAUGGGUUGCAAUAUUGGCGACAAACUCUUGUGCACACUAUUCUUCACUUAAUCCUUUUAUAUAUUUAAUUAUGUUGCAUAAAUUUCAACAUGUAAAAUUGAAUGAUUAGUCAAUGUAUUUUUUCAAAAUCAAUUUGAAGCAUUUAUUUACUCAAUAAGAAUUCAGUAGAAGAUCAAGGACAAUAUUUGAAAAUGCGUUUCUAAAAAAUAUUUUAAAAUUUCUUAGAAACUCUCAAUUGUAUUUUCAUUUGGAUAUGCAAUUUUCACUUAUAAACAUCAAGUAAAGAUUCCUUUGCCACAAAACAUGCUAUUUCAAGUAUUACAUUUUUAGAGGAGACUUUAAUUUUGUAUAAUUACCACAUCAUAAAUGAAAUUUCAAUUUAUGAAAAGUGAAUCCAGAUUGUCAAAACUUCAUAGGUUAUGGAAGCAGCGGAAAGAGCAAAAAUAUUGCUUAUAAGUCAGCAAGGUUAAAUAUAUGCAGCUAACGCUCUACUUUUCAAUAAGGCUUAGGAUCUCAUCAACCCAGUGAUUGAGAAGAAAAGCUAUUACUUUAUAUAUGCAAUAAAAACAAGUAGUCCUCUGAAAAUUUUUAAAAAAUAUUCUGUCAAUUCUUGUAAAAUAUAUAAAUCAUGCACAAGCAGCAUAUCUAUUAAGAUACCUUUGCUAAUAAUAGUUUUUUUUAAAUUCUUUACAAGGCACUUUAACAAAGCAUUUUUUCACGCUUGUGAAAGAAAAGCAAAUAUGUGGAUCAUGCACUCUAAAAUAUUAUUUUAAUCUAUGCACUCAAAUUUAGAAUAUAUGCAACCUUAUGUAAGUAGAGUCUUAAUGUGUAGUAGAGUCUUUUCUUCGCAGGAAUAUAUGAUGCCACAAAACUUGACGCUUAUUAGACAGAAACCAUUUGUUUGUCAUGUGUGCAAUAAAGUGUUCUCUCUACGAGGGAGUUUAAAGAUACAUUUAAGAACGCAUACAAAAAAUCUGUAUGCUUGUAAUGUAAGCGAUAAAAUAUUUUCCCAACAAGGAAAUUUAAAGACAAAUUUACUGACACAUACGAAAGAGAAACCAUAUAUUUGUGAGAUAUGCUGUAAAAUGUUUUCUGUACGAGGAAAUUUAAAGAGACAUUCACUGAUAUGCAAGAAAGCGUUUUCUCAUAAAGGAAGUUUCAAGAGGCAUUUAAGGAGGCACAGGAAAGAGAAACCGUAUAUUUGUGAGAUUUGCAGUAAAGCGUUUUCUAAAAAAGGAAGUUUAGACAUGCAUUUAAGAACGCAUACGAAAGAGAAACCGUAUGUUUGUGAGAUUUGCAGUGUAGCGUUUUCUGUAAAAGGAAAUUUAAAGAGACAUUUAAGAACGCAUACGAAAGAGAAACCGUAUGUUUGUCAGAUUUGCAGUGAAGCUUUUUCUCAAAAAGGAACUUUAAAGAUACAUUUAAGAACGCAUACGAAAGAGAAACCGUAUGUUUGUGAGGUUUGCAGUGAAGCUUUUUCACAAAAAGGAAGUUUAGACAUGCAUUUAAGAACGCAUACGAAAGAGAAACCGUAUGUUUGUGAGAUUUGCAUUAAACCUUUUACUCGUAAAGCAAGUUUAAAUAGACAUUUAAGAACGCAUACGAAAGAGAAACCGUAUGUUUGUCAGAUUUGCAGUGAAGCUUUUUCUCAAAAAGGAAAUUUAAAGAGACAUUUAAGAACGCAUACGAAAGAGAAACCGUAUGUUUGUCAGAUUUGCAGUGAAGCUUUUUCUCAAAAAGGAACUUUAAAGAUACAUUUAAGAACGCAUACGAAAGAGAAACCGUAUGUUUGUGAGGUUUGCAGUGUAGCGUUUUCUGAAAAAGGAAGUUUAAAGAGACAUUUAAGAACGCAUACGAAAGAGAAACCGUAUGUUUGUGAGAUUUGCAGUGUAGCGUUUUCUGGAAAAGGAAGUUUAAAGAGACAUUUAAGAAUGCAUACGAAAGAGAAACCGUAUGUUUGUGAGAUUUGCAGGAAAGCGUUUUCUCAAAAAGGAAGUUUAGACAUGCAUUUAAGAACGCAUACGAAAGAGAAACCAUAUGUUUGUGAGAUUUGCAGUGAAGCGUAUUCUCAUAAAGGAAGUUUAAAGAUACAUUUAAGAACGCAUACGAAAGAGAAACCGUAUGUUUGUGAGAUUUGCAUUAAACCUUUUACUCGUAAAGCAAGUUUAAAUAUACAUUUAAGAACGCAUACGAAAGAGAAACCGUAUGUUUGUGAGAUUUGCAUUAAACCUUUUACUCGUAAAGCAAGUUUAAAUAUACAUUUAAGAACGCAUACGAAAGAGAAACCGUAUGUUUGUGAGAUUUGCAGUAAACCGUUCUCUCAAAAAGAAAAUUUAAAGAAACAUUUAAGAACGCAUACGAAAGAGAAACCUUAUGUUUGUGAGAUUUGCAGUGAAGCGUAUUCUCAUAAAGGAAGUUUAAAGAUACAUUUAAGAACGCAUACGAAAGAGAAACCGUAUGUUUGUGGGUUUUGCAGGAAAGCGUUUUCUCAAAAAGGAAGUAUAGACAUGCAUUUAAGAACGCAUACGAAAGAGAAACCUUAUGUUUGUGAGAUUUGCAGUAAACCGUUCUCUCAAAAAGAAAAUUUAAAGAAACAUUUAAGAACGCAUACGAAAGAGAAACCUUAUGUUUGUGAGAUUUGCAGUGAAGCGUAUUCUCAUAAAGGAAGUUUAAAGAUACAUUUAAGAACGCAUACGAAAGAGAAACCGUAUGUUUGUGGGUUUUGCAGGAAAGCGUUUUCUCAGAAAGGAAGUUUAGACAUGCAUUUAAGAACACAUACGAAAGAGAGACCGGACGUUUGAAAUAUAUGCAAUAAAACAUUUUCUUGUGGAAACAUUUUAUGGAAAUAUUUUCUGAUAAAUACGAAGCAGAAAGUUCUGUAUGUAAUAAAGUAUUUAAUGAAAAAGGAAAUUUGCAGUCCCAUUUACCGACCCAUUCUAAAAAAUAGCUACAUGUUCGUUGUGUGUGUAAUAACAUAUUUCCUGGUCGAAACAUUGUAAGGAGGUAUUUAUUGACGCAUACAAAAUUAAAUUCUCAUAUUUGUAAGAUGUGCAACAAAACGUUUUCCUUGCUAGGAUGUAACUACAUUUCAAAAUUUUUAAAAAUAAUUAAUUUAGAUAUGGAAUUAGAAUUGAAAAAUUAAUUUUAUAUUCAAAGUAAUUGCUUUUAGAAUUAACAUUUAUUUUUGAGUGUCUAUGUACGAAAGAUCUUUACGAUUGAUUGGUCCCUUAAUAAAAAUCAUAACAUUUGUGGUUAUAUAACACAUUCUUUAUGUAUGAAAUAUUUUUGCAAAUUUCUUGUGAGAAAAUUUACUAAAAAAACUGUUGAAAAUGCUACAAAUUGUAUGCUUCAAGUGUAGGAAUAUGUAAUAUUAAUUAAUAUCAAAUCACUGGAUAAUUCCAAGACAAACUAAAUCAAUGUGAGAGAUGUUUUUACAAAGAUCAAAAUUGAAUUGUGUCUACCCUACUUUUUAAACUAUCUUUAUCUGCUACCUCUCUCUGACUUCUCAUUCUACUUUUGAAGAAAAAUAAAUUAUUUUAUUUUCGACUCCCUAGACAUCCAAUAAUUUUUAUGUAAUGAUAUCUUUAAAUCUGGAAAAGGAAGCUGUAAAACAAUUUGGCUGAAUUUUUAUCUAAAUUUUAAAAGUUAAAUAAUAUACAGGGUGAUCAAGACAUUAAAGGAGGUGCUCAGAGCCGUGUGGCGUGUUAUGUAUUAGAUGAAAUACAACAAAAUUUGGUCAUCAUACACAUUAAAUUAUGCGGUUUUGAUUUAUCAAGAGGGGGGAAAAAAUUAGUCCCCAAAAAACGCCGAUAAGAGAAAUUCUGGCGUUGCAAGCGCAGAAUGUGUGGAAAAAGAAUACAUAACUGUCAGUGGAAACAGUAAAUAGCAACACACCAAAUGCCAAUGAAAAGCGUUUAUUAUAGCUAGCUUAUUUACUUUCAAAUUUUGCUCAAGGUGACUACCAACUUGAUGUUCCAGUAAUUGCAUACGGUACAUGAAGUUUUCGAAGGUGGCUCGCAGCAUAUAGGCAUUUAUUCGUCUGACAUGUAACGUUAUUGAUCUUUUAAAGUAGGAAUGUCAGGAAAAUGUCCUUGGUACACAACGCCUUUCAAGUGAAUCAGAAUUGUCACAUAACCAGAUAUUGCCAAGAUUCAGACCAGUGUCAUAAGUUAACGGAUGUUAUCUUAUACGGAUAAAAUUUCAGGAUCUUACCCAAUAUCUUCUGAUCGUCGAGAACGGGGUAUCUGUUUAUCGUGAUAUUGAUCGAGAACUGCUGGUACCCUGCUCAUUAGCUAUCCCUUGAUCCAUAACGGCAGUUGCAAAUUCAACUUGUUCCUGCUUGAUAACUUCACGUCCUCGGCCUGGCUGCACACCAAGAAUUCCUGUUGUUUCAAAUCUUUCAACUAUCCUUCGGAAGUUAGUUAUGGUCAUCUGUCCUGUACGUAACUGUUUUAACCGCCGGUAUUCAUGAAGAGCAGCACUGGCAUUUUCAUCCCGCUGGAUAAAACAGCUUGACUAAUGAGGCGCGUUCACGUAGUGACAACGCAGUCGACGUGCGAAUUCUUGCAGAAUGACAUAUUCAACGCUUCCUUUUAUCUUCGACGUCAUGUCACAAUGUACCCGUAUAAGCAAAUUACAUAAUAAAGCUUUGGUACUAAUUAUUUUUCCCCUUGAUUAAUCGAAGCCGCAUACUUUAAUGUGUAUGGUGGCGGCCAAAUUUUGUUGCAUUUCGCCCAGUGCAUAACACGUUACAGGGCUCCCAACA